AGUGUGUACACUGAUAAAUGAGACAAAAGAUAUUUGUUGACACUAUAUGCAGUACCAAUUUGCUUUGUGAAUCAUUAUUUUGUUACAACAAAAUCGUAAUAUCAUUAGUAUUUUUGUAAGAAGAAAAAGCAGUGAUUAGAAGACCUGACAUUUUAUUUAUUCAUAUACAUAUAUAAUUGGAAUUUUCCUGAGGUAUAUAAAGUUUUCUUCACGUUUUCAAAAUAUAUAGUGUAGCCUCAUCUUAUAGGAUGCCUAUAUUAUACAGUGUUAUUUGUCGGAGCACCACUGUUUUAGUUAAAUUUGCUACAUGUGCUGGUAAUUUUGAAGAAGUGACACAACAAAUUUUAUCAAAAAUUCCCCCACACAAUGAUAAACUCACAUAUUCGCAUGGAAAUUAUCUUUUUCACUAUAUAUUGGAAAAUAAUAUUCUUUAUAUGUGUAUAACAGAUGAUGAGUUUGAACGCAGCCGCGCAUUUUUAUUUCUUAAUACAAUUAAAAGGAGGUUUCAAACCACAUAUGGAACAAGUGCAAAUACUGCUUUAGCUUAUGCUAUGAAUUCUGAAUUUUCCUCUGUUUUGGCAACUGAAAUGAAGUACUAUUCAGAAUCUCAUGAACUUGAUACAAUUUCUAGAGUACAUAGUGAAUUAGAUGAAUUAAAAAGUAUAAUGGUAAAGAAUAUUGAUGAUAUGGCAAUGAGAGGAGAAAAACUAGAACAUCUCCUUAUUAAAACAGAUAAUCUUAAUAAUGGGUCGAGGACGUUUAAGACUGAAAGCAGAAAUUUAGCAAGAUCUUUGUUUUGGAAGAAUAUAAAACUGUAUGUUAUUAUCGGGAUUGUCAUUACUGUGAUUAUAUAUUUCAUUAUUUCCAUAUCAUGUGGAGGGUUGCUUUGGCAAGGGUGUGUAUAAAAAAUAUAACUAUUUAUUUCUUCAUAAAAAUAGCAUUAUUACUAAAUCUUGUAGUUAGAGGGGAAUAUUUUGAUUAAAAACAUAGUUUUAUUAAGGUUUUAUUAGUCAUCCGAAGUGACAGAUUUUAAACAAGUAUCAUUGAAGCUUAGAGUUUAAUACAUAAAUUUACACUGUGAUGAAAUAAAUAUCAACAAAAUAACAGAAAUAUGUUUCUUAUAAGAGAAUAUCACUUUUAUUUUUAAUUAAACAACUGUCAUAUAUUUUUGUGUAUCAGGAUUUACAUCUAUAAUAAAAUCAAAUUUAAAUUUGAUAUGAUUGUAUUAUAAAUCGGUCGUAAUAUAUCAUAAAGUAUCAUUUGUGUUAAUUUCGUGUUCCAGUUAUUUAAGUUCCACCAUCUGUCUUGAAUUAUGGUCACACUAAAAUGUACAUAGAAACAUGCUAUACUGCAUGUAGUGUAUAUGAUAGUAAUUAGGUUUAUACUUUUUUAUAAAUAAAUGAAAUUGGAUAAUAGAUAUAAAUAUGAGUAAAAUUGAAAUUUGAUAUAUUGGAAUAAAAUUAAAUACAAUAAAAAUCAGCUUUUAACAUUUAACGUUCAAAAAUCUAAUUUUCAAAUUUGUGUCAUCAUUGGGGUUCAAAUGGACAAUGUUUUCAAGCAUGUUAUUACCUUCCUACAUUCUUGUAUUCUAAUCACCACCUUUUGCAAAAGUUGUUCAAUAUUUGUAAGUGUUGUUAUGGCUUGCUGCAGGGGUUCAAUUUAAUUUGUUGGGGAUAUAGUAGAAUGCAAAGUACUGAUAUAUUAUUUCUUGAGUGGCACAAAGAUGUAACAUAAUUUCAAGCAUCUCAUUUUGUUUGUGUACUAAACAUUGUUCACUACAACUACACCAAAACUCGAAAUUUAGUCUCAGACAGUCUGCAGAUAACUUUUUAGUUACAACAUUUCCAGAAAUUCCAACUUAGAUAUGGUAGAAUCUUUUUUUCUAUAAAAAACCCUUUGGUGUUUUUUCAUUUGCUGGAUGUUUUGUUCUUCAAAACGAUCAAUGUUCAUGUAUUCACGAUAGUUUUUAGUCUGUUUUAAUUCAAAUACCAGUAAAUUAUUCCCUACAAAAGAAUUUUUAGGACUUGUCAAGAUCAAACAAGUUUUCUCAAAAACAAAUUCGGAAUAGCUAAUACUAAUGAUUUUACUAUUCAAUAAUGUUAUAUAUAGAAAUACAAUAAUUGAUCAAAAGUAAUUAUUUUACUUUAAAAUACUUACCAUGUU